CGUUGAUCGGCAGAAGUUGAAAGGAGUGUAUACACAACAGAUUAUCACCCAUUGCGUAUUUCGUAACAAAAGUUUUAAUUGCCCACGGUUUAAAAUUGUCCUGCAUCGGUUGAGUAUUCUCCAACCUCAUCCACCAUGACUUCGGCAUUCAGUUCCAACGAAGCAGCUGCAAUCGAACGGCAAGUAGAACUGGACCCGGACCAACCAGAGACUGUUGACAUUCAGCUGGAAGAUUUCUGGAACGAGACUCGACUAACGGAAUGCGCCGAUUGGAUCAAGGAGCACAAUUUUGCAAAGGUAUGUCUACAAUUCCCGGAUGCUAUGCUUCCGUUCAGUACCGCAAUCGCGGAACAGCUCAAACAGACGGCACCACCGGCCGGCGUUUAUAUCCUUGGGGACACAUCCUACGGGAGCUGUUGCGUCGAUGAGAUAGCUGCCGCACACGUUGGCGCCGAUGCGAUGAUCCACUUUGGCCACGCUUGCCUUAGCCGAUCCGCUCGAUUGCCGAUCAAAUAUAUUUUCUUCAGAGGGAAGCUUAGCGUUGAUCGGUUCGUCGAAGCCCUGCAGAAAGAACUGACCGAUCCGGAUAUGAGCGUUGGAAUUUUCUACGACGUAAGCUUUGCCCAUGCUGCUAAGGAAGUAACAGAAAAGUUGAAAGGGUUUUAUACAAACCUCUCCGUUGGUCAGUUGGCCGCAUCCGGGGAACAACCGGAUCUCCUUUGUUGGAAGCUGAACGGACGUACAUUUGAAAGUUCGGUUUGCAUUUUCAUUGGUCGGGAUGGUCAAAGUUUCUUCAAUACGUCGAACGGGAUUAAAGCGGAACGGUGGUUCCGUUUCGAUCCGGCUUCCGGGGCACUCGACCAAGCGAAUCCGUUGGAUUCCAAGUGGCUGCGUCGUCGAUUCUACUACGUCGAAAAGUGCAAAGACGCUAGCUCGUUGGGGAUUGUAGUUGCGACCCUCACUGCUACCGGCUAUCUGGACGUCGUCAACCGCAUUCAAAAGCUAGCCAAAGCCCGUGGCAUUCGAACGUACAUCAUUUCCGUGGGAAAGAUCAACCCGGCCAAGUUGGCUAAUUUCGUUGAGAUCGAUUGCUUCGUGUUGAUCGGUUGUCCGGAGAAUGAUAUGUUUACUUCGAGGGAUUUCUUCAAACCACUGGUGUCGGUGUUUGAGUGUGAGCUUGCGUUCAAUCCGGCUUGGAAUGGUGAAUUCCCGUCGAGCUACAGUUCCGACUUUGGAGAUAUUCUUCCCAGUGGACGGUUGUACAAGCCCUUCGACGCAGCGAUGGUGGAUACUGCGAAUGUAGAUGUCAGCUUGGUAACGGGUAAGAUUCGCAACGUGAACCGAGUCGAGAUGGAGGGGCAGGUGGCGAAUGGAAACGACUGCCGGGAGGUUCAACUGCGGGGUAAGAACGAGGUGGCUCAGGUUAGUUCGGGCGAUGUUUUUCAGAAUCGGUCCUGGCAGGGGUUGGAACAGAAUCUGGGCCGAGAUGUUCCGGCUGUGGUGGAAGAAGGCAGAAGCGGGCUUCCGGUCAAGUAUGAGAACGACCCUAGCGUCAGGUGAGGAUGAGGGUGGAAUAAAAUUUUUAGCAUUCUAU